AUGGCUUUUGGGUCAGUUUUAUUGGAGAUUUUGAAAAGACCUACAAUUGGGGAAGUGUUGAGUGAGAUUUUGAUUUUUGUGAUUCCUUUGUGGAUUGCUGUUGCUGUUGGGGUUGUUGUUGGGUGGGCAUGGAAGCCUAAAUGGGCUAGUAAUUUGAGUAGAGAAAUGUUGUUGGAUUCUAAGGUUUCAAAGGAGGAUAAAAAAGGAGAAUUUUCAGCAACAACAAUAAGUUCUAUGAUUCCCAGUUUGAAUAGUUUGAAGUUUCAGUUGCCAAGUUGUGUUUCUUGGGCUGCUGAUGAUGGUGGGAUUCAAAAGGAUUCUUUCUCUGUGCCACCAACCCUCAAUUCUGAAUGCAGUUCAUCAAAAACGGAAAUGGAAAAAUCAAAUCUUGUAACGGGAGAUGAUUUGGAGCAUUUGUGUAAGCUUGUUGAAGUGAAAGAUGGAGGUCCUGCUUGGAUUCAGAUGAUGGAUCGAUCAACACCGACUAUGAGCUAUCAAGCCUGGCGUAGAGAUCCUGAGACUGGCCCUCCGCAAUAUCGUAGCAGAACUGUUUAUGAGGAUGCCAUUCCUGAAAUGGUGAGGGACUUCUUUUGGGAUGAUGAAUUUCGAGCGCAGUGGGACGAUAUGCUUUUACAUGCUGAAACUUUGGAGGAGUGCCCUACCACCGGAACCAUGGUGGUCCAGUGGGUGCGCAAGUUUCCUUUCUUUUGUAGUGACCGAGAAUACAUCAUAGGUCGUCGAAUUUGGGAGUCAGGUCGAUUCUACUACUGUGUUACAAAGGGAGUUCCUUGCUCCUCUGUGCCAAGACGCAACAAACCAAGGCGUGUUGAUUUGUACUAUUCAAGCUGGUGCAUUCGUGCCGUUGAAUCAAAGAGAGGGGAUGGCCAGCUGACUGCCUGUGAAGUGAUCCUGUUUCACAAUGAAGACAUGGGUAUACCGUGGGAAAUUGCAAAGCUCGGAGUCCGGCAGGGCAUGUGGGGAGCUGUUAAGAAGAUUGAUCCUGGUUUACGUGCAUAUCAGAAAUAUAGAGCAUCUGCAGGACCACUUUCACGUAGUGCUUUCAUGGCUCAGAUCAACACCAAAGUGAGUGCAGACUACCUGAGGUCUUUGGAGAGCAGCACUAGUGAUUCAUUAGAGAUUGAAACUCUGGAACCACCAAAGAAAUGUGUUGGAAAUAAUGUACCUAGGUUGUUAUUGAUUGGUGGGGCUGUUGCUCUUGCUUGUACUCUUGAUCGGGGGCUUGUAACGAAGGCACUCAUAUUUGGAGUCGCUAGAAAGUUUGCAAUUGGAAGGAGGUUGUGA